AUGUCAAAAAUGGCAAUCUCUUUCAUCAAUCAGCCAAGUGGUCGAGCAGUAACUCGGUCAUUCAAUCUUCCUUGGUCUAGUGGUGAUGAUUUCCGCUUGUCAUUAACACCGAUAAGCGCGGGAGACCGGGGUUCGAUUCCCCGAGGGAGAGGUCAAGUGCAUUACCGGGCCUCUCCAUUCAUCAAGGCCGGCUGGCCCAAUGGCAAGGCGCUUGACUACGAAUCAAGAGAUUGCAGGUUCGACCCCUGCGUCGGUCAAUAA